AUUGCUUUCCCUUGCACUCAAACACCUGCUUCUGCCCACAAAAUCCUAAGCCAAACCCUACUUCAUCAACAAAUCAAAGCUUUCAAGCUUCAUCAAUGGCAGAAUCUGACGGUUAUCCAAAAGAGUACUACGAUCAACAAAUCGGAACGAGGAUCCCAUCGUCAUCCUCUCGAUCAACAUCAACAACAAGCAUUCACGUAACAGCACUCGAUGGACUCGUAAACGUCAAUUCUCUCUUCACAAUCGCCGUCUUCGUCGGACUUUCUCUCACCACCCCGGGCCAACGGAGCCUCGAGAACCGAUCCGCCUGCGAUGCGGACAUCUCCGUCGCGAAAAAGCUUCUGGUAUUCGAGGUUGUAUCGUUUAGUUUCUUCCUCUUCUCGUCUCUGGUUGCACAAGGUCUUAAACUCGCCAUAAAUCUGCUGAACAGCAAGGAUGUGGAUGAAGCUUUUAGGGCACAUAUUAAUCUGAAAGCGUUGCGAUUCGGGAUGCUUGGAUCGGCUGUUGGAUCGGUGAUGGGAUGUUUGUUCUUGAUGUUAUCAAUGGUGAAUGUGAUCGAGAUUCGAUUGGGGAUGUUGACUUGUGGGAGUAGAUCGACGGUGAAUGCAGUUGCUUCCAUGAUUGUACUGGUGACUUCUGCUCUUUUGGUGUAUAUUUCAACUGCUGUUUAUGCUUUCUUACAUUGAAUUUUCUUCAAUGAAUCUAUGUGGAUGGACUCCAUUAGAAUGAAUUUGACGAUGGUUGCACUUUGUUGA